AUGGCGGUAAGAGAGCGGUGCCGACCACGUGGGGCGCAGGCCGCAAGUAGUACGGGGGCGUGUGGCCGCUCGCUCCCUGCCCCCUCCUUUCCGGCGCGGCAGAAGCGUGGCGGGGCCGCGCGGCCCGAGGGCGGGCGGGGCCGGCCGCGUUGCCGGGUUACCCGGUGGCUGAGCGGCCGCUCGGCCAAUCGCGGCGGAGCGGGGGCGGGCGCCGUGACGGCUGCAGGUCGGCGGUGGCCGGGAGGGUUCAGUUCGGCCGCGGCCGCCUGCAGCAUGGUGGCUGCCGCCGCGCUCCCGGCCGCUGGCCUCCUCUACUGGGUGGGCGCGCUGGGCGCCCUCUACGCGGUGGCGCUGGCCUCCUACCGCCUGCUGGCCGGCCUCCGCCUCUGGGUGCUGGGCAGCGGCGCCGCCGCCGUGGGGCCGGCGCUGGGCGCCUGGGCAGUGGUCACAGGAGCUACUGAUGGGAUCGGAAAAGCCUAUGCAGAAGAGUUGGCAAGACGUGGAAUGAAGGUGGCUCUAAUCAGUAGGUCAAAAGAAAAACUGGACCAAGUUGCUAGUGAAAUAAAGGAGAAGUACAAAGUGGAAACAAAAGUCAUUGUGGCAGACUUUGGAGAGAGAGAAGAUAUUUACAGUAGAAUCAAAGCAGGAUUGGAAGGCCUGGAGAUCGGUGUUUUAGUCAACAAUGUGGGAAUUUCCUAUGUUUAUCCUGAAUAUUUUCUUGAUGUUCCAGACCUGGAUAAGACAAUCGACAAAAUGAUCCACAUUAACAUCAUGGCUGUUUGUAAGAUGACACGAUUGGUGCUGCCCGGCAUGCUGGAAAGAUCAAAAGGGGUAAUCCUGAAUAUCUCCUCAGCUGCUGGGAUGUAUCCAACUCCACUGCUGACUCUUUACUCCGCAACCAAGGCUUUUGUGGAUUACUUCUCCCGAAGCCUCCAUGCAGAAUACAAGAGCAAGGGCAUCAUUGUGCAGAGUGUUCUACCGUAUUACGUGGCAACAAAAAUGUCCAAAAUCCGCAAGCCAACCUUCAGUAAGCCCAGUCCUGAAACGUAUGUCAGAGCUGCCUUAGGCACGGUGGGCCUGCAGUCCCAGACCAACGGGUGCCUACCCCAUGCACUCAUGGGAUGGAUCUUCUCUCUUCUGCCUACACCUGCUGUCAUUAAUUUAGUCAUGAGAACAAACAAACAAAUACGGGCUCGUUAUUUGAAAAAAAUGAAGGAGAAGUAAGUUGGAGGCAACUUGAAUUUGGAAGCCUGGGACUCCUGCAGGUUCCAUACCCAUGCUGCAGCACCAAGCAGACCUAAUGUUUUAAAUAUCUUCAAUUGUAGGUGUACUUUCCAACAAGCAAAACAGUCUUGUUUUGAGGAUACAGGUGAAACAAGACUGUUGACUUCUAAUAUUGAUUUAAAAAUAGGCUUUAUUUGUUUAUAGAUAUUAUGAGGGGGGGAACUGCUUUGGACUAAAAUUGCACUGUGCUUUAAGAAAUACUUACAUGGACUUGAUCGGAUAUUGGGCUGUUGAGGAACAGCUUGGUUAUAUAGUGUCCAUCACAUCUAUGUAUUGUGCGCGUGGGUGAAGGGCAGAAAAAUAGUAGUUCUCACAUAUUCCUGGACAGGUGGGCAGCAGUGGGAAGGGAGCAUAUUUAUUUUAAAAAGCAACCUAACAGUAUUGACAGAGUAUAACUUUUUCCCAGCUCAGGUUUUCAGUACUUGCAAGGAUUCUGCAUUGCCAGUCAGCUCAUGAGCGCUCCCCUGCUUACACGGUCCAGUUUGAUUUUUGAUUAUAAACUUAAGGGAAAUGGGCCAAAACCCAAAAUAAGUGUAAUUGCUUAUCUAUAAAUAUAUACAUAAAAUAACAUUGCAAAAAGUAUUUAAAUUCUUGGUUCUUGAAUAUGGAUUCUAACUUUUCAGUAAUAUGUAAUCUUUAUGAUCUGUAAUAACAUUUUUAAAAGUUCAGUGCCUGCUCUUUGUAAUAGAUGGUGAUAACACAAUGUAGAUAAAUGUCAAGUUAUGUGUUACGUGCUGGUUGCUAUGUAAAAGAUUAUAGGCACUUUAAAUGCAGAGCUUGAAAUGAGUUACUCUCCUUGUUAGCAAUGAUGGUUAAAUUAAAUUCUUUUCGAAGUAUGUAUCAGUCUGUCUUUUUGGUGAGGCCCUUUGAAAUGUGAAUCCUGAAUAUUUGAGACAGCUUUAAAAAUGAGAACCAGUGAAGUUCUUUAAAUGUAGAACAUUUUUCAUUUAAUUGUUUUUAAAUGAACUGAUUUGUUUCAUGGUUCUAUUCCAAAAUGGAGUGCUCCAGUGAGGCUGAAGUUACCCAACUCCAGGAGACAGGGAUCAGAGUAUAUGAGGAGUCUGCACUGCUGUUGUCUGUAAUUACCUCCUCUUUAAAUAAAGAUUUUGGUCUCUAUGUUGCUUUUUAUAAACAUAAAAUGUACUGAAACUUACAAGGCAAAUCAAAUUGCGAGCAGCUACCAAUGUUUUCUGUGGUGAUGUCCUGUGGUUGAAGAAUGGAGGUUGUUUUCUGCCCUUGAAAGAAUAAUUUCAAGCUCUGAUUUUGAAGUAAAAUAUGUUGUACUGAGACAUGAUUUGGGGCUAACAUUUCUGUACAUUGAAAAAACCUGAAUACCGAUGCAAUGGUGCUGAUCAAAUCUGAGACGCAGAUCCUAUCCCAUAGUUUUCUUAACUUUUUGGGGGAUGGUGAAGUCAGUGGUAUUAGUUCUGUAAGAGCGCAUGACUUGGUUUGCUCUGGAUCUGAUGUGGAAGCAUUGGACUAAACAUUCUGUAUGUUUUUGACUUUGUAAAACAAAUAAAAUGGAAUUUACUCUGAA